AUGAACAGAGAUAGAGAUAAACAACAUCCAUCAUUAGAGUUUAUAGAUGUGAUUGUUAAUUCAUUAACAAUUAAAGGUAUUGAAAGACAUGAUCAAACAAGAUGA